AGGGCCUGGCUGUCAUGCAGAGGUGCUCAGGAAGGUGAGAGUCUGGGGUCCCUAGCCUACCAUAGACUCUCCCCAACUCACUCUCUCAUAACCCUCAAACAGCCUAGCUUUGGGUUCUUUUGCUCCAGAUGAUGGCUGCCCCUCAGGCUAACCCCAACUAGCAAAACUUGCCAAUCUGUAAAGCUGACAUGACUCUCCUUACAGCCCUUGCAUGAGACCUCCCUACCCCUUACCUGAAGCCUUGAAGCCUGUCUAUUCACUAACACUACAUGAACCCUUGACCCUCCCCUCAGGCUGGAUCUGGGUCCAGGCUAUGUGCCUGCUCCCUGUCCUAUGUGAAGAGAUAUCCCCAGUUCUUAUGUCUCCAUCCCACAAACAGGAUCUGUCUGUCUCCCCACCCCACCCACUUCUCCCUACCAUUGCUGCCUUGGGCAACUCAGACAGUGCCCCAGGCUUACUCGUGCAGCCAGAUCUUUGCUCACACUGCUCCCUAACAGGCAGGGUCUCUGCCAUCCCUCAUCCUCCCCAGCUUCCCACAGUCCUCUUGAAUCCCAAGGACCAGGCUCUACCGUGGAGCACUCCCUGACUUCCCAAGCUCUAUCUGCUCCUCUCCGUUGAGGUUCAAAGCAUUUCUCCAACCUUCCACCUCAGACCAUGGCUAAGUUCAUCCAUAACUUUGAGGAGAAGGCACCGUCGACAGUGGCCACUGCCGAGACUUACUCGAAGCCUCGAUUGGCCUCAGCCAAGGUUGAGCUGGUUCCCCCAACCCCUGGUGAAAUCCCUACAGCUAUUCAGAGCAUGAAAAAAAUAAUUCACAGGGCUAAAGCUGGUGGCUUCAAACACCUUACAGUGAAGGAAGCUGUGCUGAAUGGGUUGAUGGCCACUGAGGUGUGGAUGUGGUUUUAUAUCGGAGAGAUCAUAGACAAACGUGGCAUUGUUGGCUAUGAUGCUUGAAGACCAAUCUUUAACUUCUGAUGUGAGUUCUUAUCUUGGACCAUGUGUGAUGAAUGAGACUGCUAUCUGAAUAAAAUGCUAGCCGUGGGGAAAAAAAAAAGCAUUUCUCCUUGAUCGGUCCUAUGAACUUUAGGUUGUUCAGAGGUGGGAACUUGUUAAAACCGAAAGUGAAGAUGAGAAAGACCGAGUCCAUGGUUGUCUUAUUAAAGCAAGCUAUAUUUAAUGUCGGCCAGGAUGAUGGACACUGGUCAGGUCCAUACCCAGGAUUCCAAUGUAGCUGAAUUAGGUUAGUCAGGUGCUCCUAAAGGUAAAACUCUCAAGGCCUUGUACUUCCUACCUUCAUCCAAUGGGGGCAAGCAUGCAUCCUCAUGUACUUCCUGCCGGAGUAACUGGGGCCUAUGUGUGAUCAAGUGCAGGUGGGGCAACCAAGCUUGUUUACAGAAGUGAAACCAAGCUUGUUUAGAGAAGUGAGCACGUGUGGCUCAUUAUGAACAGCAGCCCCCAGGGUUCCAGGAAGGUUUACUGUACUUGGGCAAGUGGUGCUCACAGGUUAGAGGCAUUAUUUGUUUUUCAAAUAUCAAAAGCAUAACUUUAGCCCUUGAAGACUGUCCCCCAUGCAGUCUGUGAUAGCUGGACCCAGGCAAAGCCCACUGGGUACUCAAGAAAAAGUUCAUUAAAUGACUCAGUGGAACAUAUAGAGGACUCCCACUGAGGGGCUAUAAUACUUGACUAAAGGAGGUGUUAUUGAGCCCAUUCUGCAAAUGGGAAAACUGAGGACACUGAAUCUCUUGCCUUAGGAACAGAGCUGGGGACAGAACAAAUUCCACCAAAUCAGAGCUCUUAGGGUGUUGUCCAUGUGUCUCUGUUCUACAAACAAGUACUCAACCAGCCCUGUGGGAUCCACCCUGUGAAUAGAGGUCCACAGAGGCUGGGUCACUCACUCAAAGCCACAUGGUAAGUAGCCAGGCUGGAAUUUGAAUGCAAAUUCCCUCAGCUUCCAACAGCUGAUCAGGACUUCCCCAACCCACUUGAGGGUCUGUAGGACCUGCUUUUCCUGAGGCUCCAGGCUUCCCCUCCCCCAGGACUCCCAGGAGUGCCUCAUGGUUGGUUGACCUUUUGGAGGGCCAGGCUUUCACAGUUCUGAGUGUUUACACAGUCGAUCUGGCUGUGACAGCUCAAGAAAGUAGGGCACACAGAGGAGGGAGGGGUGUGGCAAGUGUGGGCUGCAAAGGCUUCCUCUAGCUUCCUUCCAUAGCUGGACAGAGAAGCCACCAUGGCAGAGGAUUUCUCGAGUGACCUUGGCACAGCACCCUUGGUCUUGGGGUAAAGGCCUAGAUUGCUCACUGACAAGAGGGGACAUAGCCAAUCUUUCUACAGCCCCUCACUGCUUAAGGACUUGGAGGACCCCAGGAGACAUGUAAUGAGAGGAGUCUUCCAGCAAGAACCCCCUUGAGCUCAGAGUCACAAGUCCUCUGAGUUUCUGUUUCCCUGUCUACAAAUGGGGUGCUCAUCAUGGCCCCUCCCACCAAACAUCAGGGAGGCAGAAGGAGCCCAGUGGGACCCAGCAGACAUGAGGUUGUGCCUGUUCUGGGGCACACAAGAAAUAGUCAGAUUCAAGCCGGACAGAUCCUAGAAUCUCCCAGAGAGCCAGCUGGGUAACACCCAACAAAACCACACCCACAAGUCACCAGGAAAGCUAGGGUAAGCAGGUGUGUCUUGGUACCAGGGGCCAUGAGUCCCCAGGAGCCAAGAAGAUGAUCCAGGCCUUCUCCUAACUCCAUCAUGCCCUAAGGGAGACUCCCAGGAGUGACUACAGGCUCUGUAGGUUUCCCCAAACUUAGCCAGAGCUCAGGAGGUGGUCAGGACACAGGGACUCUAGGCAUUCAUGAUGGGAACUGAAGAAGCAAAGACAAGAAAAAGCAGCACAGGGGAAUGCCCUGGGCUGGCCCAGCAUAGGGUUGGCCGUAAGGGACAGGACCCUAGUGGAGUAGGGGUCCCCCAGCCCAUCACACAGUCUGCCCUGGGCCUUGGCAAGGCUCCCUCUUCAGCUCUCCUCUUAGCAGCCCUGAGGCACUCCAAGCCCAGGCGGCCUUUCACCACACAGAAGAGCCUCUUGACUGAAAGGCCUCUGAGGCGCCUCACUGCUGUGUGUCCCUUAAUUGGGAAAUUGUUAACUUCUCCAAGAGGAAUUUUAAUUCAACUCAGCUGAAGGCUGGCCAAACCCAAGUACCAGCACCACACACAAAUGCCCUCCCUCAACCUCGCUCUACCCGGGGAAGCUUGAGGGCAGGCAGCAUGCUACCCAGGCUACCUGCAUAAUGCCAGGUCCUAUUGACUUCCAGGCUUUCUGCUGCCCGCUUCUGGUGCAGCAUGCCCCUCCUAUGUCUCAAAGACAGUUAUGUCCUGUCCUCCUUUGACCCACCAGGGCUGCUGGGCCUCUCACAGGAGUAGCCUACAGCCCUUCAUGUUCUCUACCACACUCCCCUGGAGCAGAGCGCCUCUAGGUAGAUUUGUGGGAUAUUUACCAUAUG